AUAGCAAAUUAAUUUGUUUUACUUUACGGUGUGUUAAAAUUUUUCUCACUUUAAGCCAUUGUGCAAUGUUCUUUAUUCUGUGCUUUACAAAUUCAAAUAUAGAUCUACAGAAGGCAAGCCAGUUCGUGUGCCCCAGGAUAUUUGCAUAGACAUCGGGCUUAAUGGAGCAGCCCGCUCUGGAGAGGAUGCCCACGAGCUUGUUGUCGAUGACCAGAGGCGAACCCCUGUCUGUGGAGCAGGCUCCCUUGCCCGGCGACUUGGUGCAGAUGGUCAGGUCUGAGAUUCCCUUGACCGCCGCUGCCGCUCGAGAAAAUCGAAAUCCCCCGCCGCCUGACGUCAUACCUGCCGAUGCCGCAGCUUCCGCCAUUGAGUGGGAGCGGGAUGGCAAGACAAGCGAGCGAGCGGGACGACGAUAGAGCGGCGGCAGCGAAUGGCCGUCGAGCAGCCGCAAAAUGUCAAUUUGAGCAAUGGCCGGAAGGAUCCUGCGUCAGUUGCGUUCCGUAAGUGCGUGCGAGCAGAUCGAUCCAGCAAAACGCGGGCGUGAAGAAUAUCUACGGAGUUAUACAGUUCCGAAAUAAGAAUAUAUUGUUAGAUACCACAAAUUCUAACUGAAGAAGUGCGCUAAAAAGCCAAGCAAGAUCACCAAAUGAUGAGCGCUCGCUCGGUGUCGCCCAAAGUGCUGCUGGACAUAAGCUACAAGCCCACACUGCCCAACAUCAUGGAGCUGCAGAACAAUGUGAUCAAGCUGAUACAGGUGGAGCAGCAGGCCUACAUGCAGUCCGGCUAUCAGCUGCAGCACCAGCAGCAGCACCUCCACUCCCACCAGCACCACCAGCAGCACCACCAGCAGCAGCAUGCCCAGUACGCCCCACUGCCCUCGGAGUACGCCGCCUAUGGUAUUACCGAACUGGAGGACACAGACUACAACAUACCCAGCAACGAGGUCCUGAGCACCAGCAGCAACCAGAGUGCCCAGAGCACCAGUCUGGAGCUGAACAACAACAACACCAGCAGCAACACCAACAGCUCCGGCAACAAUCCGAGUGGCUUCGAUGGCCAGGCCAGCAGCGGAUCCUCUUGGAACGAGCACGGCAAGAGGGCCAGGAGCAGUGGCGACUACGAUUGCCAAACCGGGGGAUCACUGGUCAUGCAGCCCGAGCACAAGAAGCUAAUCCACCAGCAACAGCAGCAGCAACAACAGCACCAGCAACAGAUCUAUGUGGAUUACUUGCCCACCACCGUGGACGAGGUGGCCUCGGCUCAAUCUUGUCCUGGCGUCCAGAGCACGUGCACCUCCCCGCAAUCCCACUUCGAUUUUCCCGACGAGGAGCUGCCCGAGCACAAGGCCCAGGUGUUCCUGCCCCUCUACAACAACCAGCAGCAGCAGUCGCAGCAGCUGCAACAGCAGCAGCCGCACCAGCAAAGCCACGCCCAGAUGCACUUCCAAAACGCCUACAGACAAAGUUUCGAGGGCUACGAGCCGGCCAACUCGCUGAACGGCAGUGCUUACUCCAGCUCGGAUCGGGAUGACAUGGAGUACGCCCGCCACAACGCCCUGAGUUCAGUUAGCGAUCUCAACGGAGGAGUCAUGUCGCCCGCCUGCUUGGCGGAUGACGGCAGUGCCGGCAGUUUGCUGGACGGAUCCGAUGCCGGCGGAAAGGCCUUCCGCAAGCCACGUCGCCGGCUGAAGCGGAAGCCCAGCAAGACGGAGGAGACGGACGAGUUCAGCAACCAGCGGGUCAUGGCCAAUGUGAGGGAGCGCCAGCGCACCCAGAGCCUCAACGACGCCUUCAAGUCCCUGCAGCAGAUCAUCCCCACGCUGCCCAGCGACAAGCUCAGCAAGAUCCAGACCCUCAAACUGGCCACAAGAUACAUUGACUUCCUGUGCCGCAUGCUCAGCUCGAGUGAUAUAUCUUUGCUGAAGGCCUUGGAGGCCCAGGGAUCGCCCUCGGCGUAUGGAUCGGCCAGCUCCCUCCUGAGUGCCGCCGCCAAUGGAGCCGAGGCAGAUCUGAAGUGCCUGCGCAAGGCCAACGGAGCACCCAUUAUCCCGCCCGAGAAGCUGAGUUAUCUGUUCGGGGUGUGGCGCAUGGAGGGCGACGCGCAGCACCAGAAGGCAUAGCGGCGGAUCAGGACACUAUAGUCCGAGAGGGGCUUCCAGCAGCAACUAUCGUGUGAAUUCCAGAGCCCUGGCGCUCUCACUCUUCAAUUCUCUGUCACGCUUUCCAUAUAUACGUGUCGACUAGAUGAUUCUAAGAUGUCUAAGCCUAAAAACCUACUGUUAAUGCCUAUUUAAUGUCAUAGUCUAAACUAAAUUAAUUGUAAAAAGCCAACAAGCCAAGAAACAAAGAAACGCCAUGAACAAAACCAG